AUGCAAUAUUCGCGCUUCGCCAGCGACGAGAACCGAGUCUUCGACCACGCCGCGCACGCGCGGUUCACCAACGAUGAGAACGCAGUGCCGCAGGGGCCCGCGGGCCUCGCGGGCUCGAAGCUCGCGCUAGGGGUAGCCGAGUCUGUGCAGACGUCGGGACGCCGUGUCGCGCUGGGCGAUGUGACCAGCCAGGCCAACAAGCAGGCGCACGGAAAGCCUGGCGUUCUUGCGCACGCCCACUCCCGGCACGCUUCUGAAAAUCACAAUGGACCUGCCACGGCGCAGCUCGAGCACACAGGCGCACAACCGAUGAGCCCGCCCAUGGAGCUGCGGUCGCCGGAGAAAAUGUACUCGGACGACACCCUCCAGGGCGCGGAUCACGUGGGCGAGGACUUCAACGACGACACUUCGUCUGUGUCCUCUGACAGCGAGCCGCUGCUCCUGGUGUCGACCGAGGAGUCCAUGCGCGCUGUCCAGCUCGCAAACCAGGAGUUCUACUCAGAGUCCCCGGACCCCCUGGACGAAGACACCUACGACCUCGUCAUGGUCGUGGAGUACACCCAAGAGGUGUUCCAGUACCUGCACGAGCUCGAGGAAAAGUACAGGCCUCACCCUCGUUACAUGCAUUUCCAGCCGGAGCUCAAAUGGUCUUACCGCUCUACUCUGAUAGACUGGAUAGUCCAAGUGCACGCCCGCUUCCAGCUCCUGCCCGAGACUUUAUAUCUGACCGUCAACAUCAUCGACAGAUUCCUGUCCAGGAAAACGGUCACAUUGAACAGGUUCCAACUGGUUGGAGCCGCUGCUCUCUUUUUGGCAGCUAAAUUCGAAGAAAUCAAUUGCCCAACUUUGAAAGAGAUUCUCUACAUGCUCGACAACUCCUACACCAAAGAUGAACUUUUAAGAGCCGAAAGAUACAUGAUAAACACUUUAGAAUUCGAACUAGGCUGGCCUGGUCCCAUGUCCUUUCUGCGCAGGGUUAGUAAAGCCGACGACUACGAGUACGAUAUAAGGACUUUGGCAAAAUAUUUACUAGAGACUACAAUUAUGGAUUGUCGCUUGGUCUCCGCGCAGCCCAGCUGGCUAGCUGCAGGUGCCUACUACCUGAGCAGAGUAAUACUAGGCUUCAACAACUGGACCAAACAGCACAUUUACUGCUCGGGUUACACUGCCGAGCAGCUUUUUCCGCUAGCCACCAUAAUCCUGGAAAAUUGUAGGCACGCAUCUAAGCGCCACCAAGCCAUCUUUGAAAAGUACUCUGAACGCCGUCAUCGCCGCUCUUCUCAAGUUGUGGCGAGGUGGAUUGCAAUGGCCGAAGAGCGGAUCUCAUGA